UCUCUCUCCCCCUCCCUCCGGUCCCUUCUCCCGCAGGUGGCGGCGAGGGCCAGAGCGGCGUGGGCAACCGGAGAUGGCGGCGAGCGGUGGAGCCCCUCCCUCUCUUUCUCCCGCGGCGUGCGACGAGGGCCGGAGCGGCGCGGGCAAGCGAAGACGGCGGCGAGCGGCGGCAAGGGCCAGAGCGGCGGUCGAGGGGUCCAUGAACCAAGUUGCGACAACCAGAUGCGCCUCUACGAUCUGCCAUCUGCUCUGCUGUGUCCUCAACGUUGAGCUCAAGGCGGAGCAAUCCAAGAUUCCCCACCCAAGCCGCCGCCGCCGCUCCGGUGCCCACCCUCCCGCCGUCACUACUGACUGCCUCUUGCAGAAGGCCGAAGGGGAGAGAAAGAGAGAGGGAGAGGGAUAUGAAUCCGAUUCAGUUACUGGGAGUCAAAGUGAACUUAUAUUCCUUUGUACGGUGAGAAGUACAAAGGGGGGAUUAGGGAUCGAUAGACAGAGGAGAUCGAUUUCGCCAGCGACCAUGGCGGCAGCGGCUCUUCGGUCUCUGGCGAGCAAGAGUAGGAUGGGCCUCCGCGCUCUACCCAAGAUUCAGCCCCAGCCGGCGGCCACGGUUAUCCCGCCAAGGUUGCUUAGCCAUGGCGGCCUUCUCCGCCGGAAACACCUGACGCCGCCGCCGCCGCCGCCGCUCACCCCGUAUCGUUUCUUCUCUUCCAGUGUUUCCGAGUCACGUGGCACGAGUCCCUCGCCUAAGCAAGAAUCUUCAAGAGCACCAAGGCAAACUGAGGAGGGAGAGGAGCUGUUUAGAAUGCAAGAUGAAGAGAAGCUUAAGCUACUCUCGUUGAUAAAGAAUCUUAAAGAAUCGGAAGCUAUCAAGCGAGAGGACCCAUUGUUUGAUAUAACUAUGAAGCUCGUGAUUUCCUCGAUGGCCAUGUUACUUGUCUGGACUGUCUCAGACAUACUAUUGAUGGAGUAAGAUUUUUUUUUCCGAUGCACUGAUGUAAUAAGAUCCGUAUGGGCACUAAGUGUAAUAAUUAGGUGUUCUAUAUAUUCCGUUAUUUGAACACUCGUCCUGUGGUUAUUUAUCUACUACUACGUAGUCAUGCGUGAUGUCUCAACAGCGCGAUUUCACGCAUGAAUUCUCUCAACAACGCGAUUUCACGCAUGAAUUCUCUUGGAUGGUCCCUUUGGGACUACUCCAGAUGGCGGUGUAUUUUAGCACUCGAGAUUGUUAAGAAAUGAGAAUGAAAUCGUGUGACAAAAUCA